AUGGUGCAGGAAUCAGAUUUAAGUGAUGCAGUCCUGUGGACAAAAACAGAACUAUUCCUCCAGUACCCAUCAAGAAAUAUAACUGAUAUGUUUCUUCUAGUCAUGGAAGUAGAUGUCUUAAGGAGUGUAAUAGGAUUCAAAGACCAUGUUACUUUAGCUGUAAUAAGUGCUUGCUAUGAUUCAAUCCCUUCUGAAAUUUCAGUCUUACUGGCUUGUACUGGAUGCAGCACCUCCACACAAUUGUAUGUGGCCGGAUAUAAUGAAGACGAUGCCCACUGGUUCUUGAGAGAUUUUUCCCUGCCUGCACCUACAAGUGACCCUAUGCAUAUGGAAGUUGUGUUUGCAGCGUCAUCAUCCAUGCUGCUGUGGUACAGUGACAAGAUUUUUUAUUCUUACAAAGGAAGCAAAGUCACCGGAUAUAUUAAAGAAGCUGAUACAGGCGCGGAAUUAUCAGCAACAGCAUUAGGAACAGUUAUUCAUCAAGUUGUUAUUGGCAGUGCUGGAAACACUGUGAUCAAAAUGAAAAAUAAUGCCAUGUUUUUCUUAAAGUUUAAUAUGAAAGAUGUUAUAAGGCUCAGUGCUUGGGAAACUGAAACCAGAGACUUUGCCGUAUAUGUGAAUGCGCAUGGUGACUUCUAUUUGCUCAUAAACAAUGGUUCUCAUAUAUAUUUCAAGGCUUAUCCACUGAAAACUGAAGUACUUAGUGCCACAUAUUCUUUAGCAGAGGUCUGUCCGUAUAUAUCAUUUCAGCACAAUAUGGAAGCAAAUUCUUACUAUCUGGAUAUGGGAACAAAUAUGACCUUUUGGACCCAGAUUGUCUUUCUGGAAAAUGUGGGAUUGUCUUCAGAAGUUACAAUCUACAGGUCACACUUGCUGAAGCAAAAUAGCUCUAUUCAAUAUGAAAUAGCACGUGGAAUUUGUACUAAGAAUCAGACUGUAACACUUUAUCAUGACCAUGAUUAUUCAAGCGAGGACGAUUAUGAAGAGGCAAUAAUUAGUUCAACGGGUGUUAUGACAAUUGAAGUGGAACCAUCCCUCACUGGAAGAACAUGUAUGACUCCCAACAAGGAGCAGGAGUACGAUCUGACACUAUUUGAUUGCCCAAUAGAGGCCCAUUAUGCACGUCCAUUUCGUCCUACUGUUCUCUUAUAUGAGCGUGAAAACAUGAUUGGGACUGUGGAGGCAAAUUAUAUCUUGUGGGAGAUUAAUGGCAGGAAUGACUACUAUUAUAACACAACAGUAAAACAGAAUUACGAAUCCUGUUUUGUGAGUUCUGGUCCUGGACUUCUAGGAGCACUAGAUAAUCAAUAUGAACUCAUGAACCAUUCUGGCAUCAACUCUAUCAUUUGGCCUCAGGACUAUGCUGGCAUUUUCAUGUUCAGAUUGAAGAUAAUGGAUCCAAACUACAGUUUUUGUCCAUAUGAAGCUUUUUUUGCAGUUCAGACACAUGGCAUCAUUGAAAGCUGCUCAUUGAAUGAACACACACACACUUAUGUUCCAUUUUGUUUGUAUUUUAGCCUAAACAUGCUCAAGAUUGCCGGUUGGGCUUGUCUGAUAGUUGCUUUCUUUUGGGGAGUCCUUGCCUUCAGCUACUAUCGCUAUGUGAAAUUAUUUCGGGCACUCCAUUUUGUGGACCCAGUGGUGUCAUUUAAUACAGAGAUUUCUUCAGUGGUUUCUUCAGAAGCAGCGAAGAAAUUUGAGUAACCCAGUUACAAAUUAUUACUUAUUAAACUGUAUGUGAACAUACAAUACUGUAACGUUUUAAACAAAUGUUGUAACGUUUUAAACAAAUGCUGUAAUGUUUCAAACUAAGAU